GCGUUCCUCAGCCCCAGCCUUCAGCCGCGGCGGGGCCGAUUUGGGGACGUGCGGCCGGGAGGAGGGAGGGAAGGAGGGAGGCGAGGCGAGGCGGGGCGGCCGCAGCCCCUCGCCCCUUUCCCCCGCGGCUGCCGGCGUGCGCGCCGCCCUCGCCCGCUGAUGCAAUCGGAGCCCGCAAGCGGCGGCAGCAGCAGCACCGGAGGUGCCCGCGGGAGGAUCGGGCGGCCCUGAGCCCGCAGCAGCACCCGAGGGAGCGGAGGGCAGGCGGCAGGCAGCCCGCACCGCCGCGGAGCAGGAGCACCCGCCCCGGCUGCCAGCAUGCUCAAGGGCUGUCAGAACGAGUGCAUGGCUGGAGGAUGUUCAGGCGAAGCAACAAAGCAUGUGACUGAAUCUUUCAAGGCUUCAGACUUGGUUAUCGCACCAGCUAUGACUUUCAAGGAAAAACCAGACCCCAAUGGUCUGGUAUUUGGAACUGUGUUCACUGAUAAUAUGCUGAUGAUUGAAUGGUCUUUGGCUUCAGGAUGGGAGAAACCUUAUAUUAAACCACUUGAGAACCUCUCGUUGCAUCCAGCCUCUUCAUCUCUGCAUUAUGCUAUAGAAUUGUUUGAAGGAAUGAAGGCUUAUCGAGGAGUAGAUGGCAAAAUCCGCCUGUUCCGGCCAAGCCUCAACAUGGACAGGAUGGCACGAUCGGCAAGACGAACAACUCUGCCAAGUUUUGACCAGAAUGAGCUGUUGGAGUGCAUCCGGAAGCUUGUGGAAAUAGAAAAGGAGUGGGUUCCAUACUCAACUGCUGCCAGCCUGUAUAUCCGUCCUACCUUAAUUGGAACUGAGCCUUCUCUUGGAGUGAAGAAGCCAACUAAAGCCCUACUGUAUGUCAUACUGAGCCCUGUGGGCCCUUACUUUGCAAGUGGAAGCUUUAGUCCAAUAUCAUUAUGGGCAGAUCCAAAAUAUGUAAGAGCCUGGAAAGGAGGAACAGGGGACUGCAAACUGGGAGGGAAUUAUGGUUCUUCUAUUUAUGCCCAGCAAGAAGCCCUGGAGUUAGGCUGUCAGCAGGUUCUGUGGCUCUAUGGAGAAGAUCACCAAAUAACUGAAGUUGGAACAAUGAAUUUGUUUCUCUACUGGAUAAAUGAAGAUGGAGAAAACGAACUGGCAACCCCACCUUUAGAUGGCAUCAUCCUUCCAGGAGUGACAAGACAGAGCAUUUUGGAUCUGGCACGCAACUGGGGAGAAUUUAAAGUGUCUGAGCGAUACAUCACUAUGAGUGACCUGACAGCUGCCUUGGAAGAGAACAGAGUGAAGGAGAUGUUUGGUGCUGGAACAGCCUGUAUUGUAUGUCCUAUCUCCAAAAUUUUGUACAAGGGCAAGCAUUUGCACAUUCCAUCUAUGGAGAAUGGACCUCAGUUAACAACCCGAUUCCUGAAUAAGCUGAGUGAUAUCCAGUAUGGAAGAGAAGACAGCGAUUGGGCUGUGCUGGUGUCGUGAAGGUGAAAGAAUUCAGACCCUCCAGACAGAACAACCACAAAUAAUGACAACUUCUGUAGCUGCCUGUGUGUAGCAUAGUUUCUUUAUCACUUUACUUCCCAGGAUGAUUGUUUCCACAAUCCAGCAAAUGUGAACACAAUCAUUUUGUUUUCUACUGUAAGCCUUUUAGUAGAAGUCUGUCUUCUUGGUAGAGGUGCUAAAUGUUAGGAACAGAACUUUCCUAAUGGUUUCUUAGUGCCUCCUUGUGUCUUAUGUACAGUCUAAAAAUUUGUAAAAUGCUCUUCAACUGCUCUUCAGUUUGUUUUGUUUGUUUUAACUGCCAUCACCAGCAGAGCAAGUUGUAUAACACAGACAUCGCCUGUUAGUUGACCGCAGGGUUCUAUUGACAUUAUUCUGCCUUUUGCUCUGAGUUCAAGAAACAGUUAAGUUUAGCCAUAUGCUCUUUCCUUUUGUAACCCACUUGUAUGGGAGAUUUCUGAGUUUACAUAGUCCCACAGAUUCCUUCAUCCAUAUUCUUUCAAAUAACAGCUCUGUCCUUUAGGCCCACACACUGAGUGGAUCUAGCAUGCAAAAUGCUCCCUGAUAGACUGCUGCUUUUCCCUCCACGUGGGGAUAAGCAGUGGCUGCCUGGGCAGGGCAUACCUCACUAAUAGCUGAAUACAUCCUCCUGUACAUGAUGUUCAGGACUGAGCUAGACCAUGCUGAAACAAGAAUCACUCUUUGUUUGGCCUAACAGAGAGCUGCUGAUGCAGUGUGUCGCCUUCUGGUGAAUGUCUAGAAAAUAACAUUAAACAAAACACUGGCUGUAAAAGUUGAACCGCUCUUCAUUUGUACAAAGUGAAAGCAACCAAAGCAACCUUUGGAACGAGGAUGAAUUAAAAGGAAUUUCCUUCAACAUCUAGUCACAUGAUUUAGAUCAGGAAAAUAUUUUCUCAUCCUUCACUGCUCACUGUGAAACGUACCCAGCCUCCAUUAAUUACACGUGCAUCUUAACUGGGUCUUCCUGUUUAAGGAGCAAGCUAUGUUGUCAGCAGAAAAUACCUAGCCCAAGACAGAAAGAGAUUUAAUGCAAACCCUGGUUUUGUUCUGAUGAAGCAUAUUCUUCAUAUUCCGCUAUUCUCUUACAUGCUGUCUUGAUAUUAUCUGGAAACAUUAUAAAGUAUAUAUCCCAUAGUUAGAGAAACAACAUCUGUUUACUAAGAAAUAUCCUGUAAUAUUUAUUAGCUUUGUCUUUUUGCACACCGAUUUGUCAAAUGGCUUUAAGAUAUCUCUAGCCAAAGAGGAUGAUCAUAUCUGUAUCAAUGUUCCGAAGUGCUACUUCAGUAUAAAACUGGUGGAUCUUUAUUGACACUAAUGGAGUUCAGUAAGAAGAAACAUUUAUUUCCAUAGUUUGCAGUAGAGAUGCCACCAGUAUUAAGGGAAAUAUUUAGCACUUUAUUGUAUGGUGUUUUUUAUUUUUUUUAUUUUAUUUUUUUAAGACGACGACCCAACAACACCUCUCCCAUGCUUUAUAAGUUUUUUGUAGUUACUGGCAUCUGUUAACAUAGUUCAAAAAGGCAAAGUAGAAUUUCUAAUGGACCAUCCAUGCCUUAUACAACUGCUGAAAAGUAGCAUUAUGGCUUUCCUGUUCAUUUUUGGUCAGAUUUUAAAGACAUACCCCUACUUAGCCAUCUUUUUUUUGCUCCCUCAAAUCAUGACUUUUACUGUCUUUCACUGUGGUCCAAUCUGAUCUUUUAAUGAAGAACAGUUGAAGGUUUUCUCUGACAAUGUAACUAUUGUUAAAAUAUUAGACAGUUUUGUCUUUAGAAUACAACUGCAAGCACAAAAAUUUGUUUCACUUACAGUAGCAAUAGUACUGUGUGUCUGCUUUUCCAACCAUUUGAACUGGUAUAGUGUGCUGGUCUUUGUUCAGUAUCUUACUACGUGUUAUAAGCUGCUGGUAUUCUUUCAUUUUUCUUUAAGAAGGGUAGAAAAAUUAACAAGAGGAAUAUGUCAAGAUGCAAUGUGGGGUAGAGAGUUUUAUCCAAUGGGGCAAGUAUCAUAACUAAAGAGUGCCUUUAACUAAAAUGUGGCAUGUAGCUUUGUAAAAGUCAUGUAAUGAGCAACCACACAUGGCUUCCUGUUACUGAACUGUGUAAAUUUGUCCCCUUAUGUUCAUCUUAGAUUUAGCAGCUAAAGAAAAAGUGGAAGUAUCUAACUUCAGAAAUAUGGAAAAGUGGUUGAACGAUCCAUUAGCAUCUCAGAAUCUUGAUAGAGUUGAUGGGUAUCUCGUAUCAAAAGUCCCCAUGAAGGCAUGAGAGUACCAGCAUUAAUCUAUUCACUAGUUGGAAUGAAUAAGGACCAGUUUGAAUAAUUAUUUUACUGUGGUCUAGAAGCUGAAAGUUGUGUAAAACUCUUCUUAAAUUGGAUGCAAGUAACUUAAUGUGAGGAAACCAAGUAGUUUCAUUUAUCGUGGUUUGCACUGUUGCCUAUACCAAAUAGAGAAACACCUCUCCUUCUAUUGUACGUAUUCAGUCGAUGGAGACUUCAAAAUUAAAAGGGUUGAAGCUGGAAUGACCCACAGAAAUGCAUAAGCUUUUCUAGCAGAGAAGAAUGAAAACGUAGUGUGUGUAUGGUCAACUGUUGUCUUUAACGUCUUGGUUACAUGUGUUACUCUAGCUGUGGCUGUUUCUCACAUGAAACUCAACAUUGUGGUUGUUUGUAAAUCCAGGUAGAUAGAUUCUAGAUUUUAACAUUUAAAACCUAAAUAAAGGGAGCUAUUUGGUCAGCAUCAUACAGGAAAUUCUUCUGAUCUCGCGUGAUGUCCUACCCUGUAUUCCACCGCUGUUUUUUAUCCUGUUAACCAAAGGAAAGAAAUAAUAUGGGUAAAUAAUUGUGUUUGGUAUUGUGUUCUCCCCCUUUUUUUUUUUGCCUGUAAAAUUUCUUUGAGGGAAUUGUGGUAUUUCCUGAGCUACUAAUAGAUUGUAAAAGAACAUCUGCACAUCUCUUUUCCAUGUGCCCUAUUUGUUUAAUUGCAACAGAUUUACAUAGAAAGAGUAUGGUACGUCAUAACUAGGCAAUUAUCCAUUCUUCAUUACUUAGUUAUGGUUCUGUUAAUUGAUCAUUUAAGACAUAAGACAGUCUAACAUUAGGAGAAUUUGAGACUGUUCAAAAAAGAUCAACAAAUUAAUAUUGUUGUGUGAUAUUUGCAUAAUUGUCUGCAAUUAUUUAAUGUCUAAUUGGGUUGAUCAAAUGAGAUUCAGACUUUCACAUGUUUGUGCUUUACAAACACUGGUACUUUAAAAUGAUAAUGAUGAACUCUAAUUUUUGUAUGUUCUUUCUUCUCCCUUUCAUUCUUUUGAUUAUUAUUUUCAGUAUUGAGCAUGUCCUUAAUUUUCAGUUUGGUGAGUAUGAUUCAAGUUUCAGGAAAGAAGUCCUUCAAAUGAGUGAUCGUUUCAUGAAAUUGGUAUUUCAUACAAACUGUUCUGAUGCCAAGAGUUGUGGCAUCAGCAACUGGUGUUACUUAAAUAGAUUCUUAACUGUAAUGAGGGCAAAUUCACUGAGGAUUUAUUGUGACAAACUUGAGUAAGAAUGCUAAUAAAGGUUAGAGUAGAUAAUCUUUUCAGUCUGUAGCAGAGCAAAGCAAAUGUGAUUUUUCUGGGAUGUAGAAAGGAAAUCUGACAAGACAAAAGCCAAGGUAGUGAGAGAUCUCUGCCCCAGCCUUUACUUACACCUGUUCAGCUCUCUCAAGCCAAAAAGCGAUUGUCUUCCACUCUUCUUUCUAGGUAAACUCUUGUUUAGAGCUUACCUCAUUCAACAGAGAGAUAUUAUUGGUAUUCUCCUGCACACUUACUAUAUUCUUAUUUUUCCUCAGGAAUGAACAACAUUAGUUUGGAAAAAUUUGGAUAUUUGAAAGAGUGAUUUGUAAUGUGAGUUUUUUGAAAUGUCUGUGUACUACAUGGACUUUGAUGGAGGUAGACCGAGAAACAGCUGGGAGUGGUACCAUAGCCACCUGUUUAGAGGGGAAACCCUCUUGAAUUCAGUGGCCUCUCCAAAACAAUCUACCUAAUCUCAGCAGAUUGCUUAGUGUGAUCUGUCUGUUGAUAGUGCCUUGCUACAAAGUAGAAUACAAAGAUGAUAGCUCAGCCUGUUAGACUACGGCACAUUUUUCUCUCUGUAUGGGAUACAUCCUUCCAAUGGUAAAUUUUAAUAUCCUAGUGGCAGGCUUGUAUACUGAGAGGUGGGAAGGUGUAAACAAUGGCUGAGCAUGGCCUGCGGUAGGCCAUUCUUUUGUAUUUCUCUCCCUGCAAACAGAUUUGCAAACGCUUUGCCUCUGCCUCUCCUGUCAUGAUGUCCUUUGGUCUCAAAACUAAAAGUGGCCCUUUAAGCAAAUUUUGCAUUGGUUUGCAUUGCAGCAGUAGUGAUAGUUUAUUUAAAAAAAAAAAAGUUUUCAUCUUGCAGGUGUUCAGGGAUCAGAAUUGCAUUUUUCCACCUGAGCAUGUAAUGCCUGAACAGACUGACCCUAGACAAGUAUUCUAAUCUAUUUCUAAGUGCAGAGUAGUAGUAAUACCAAUCCUACUGCUUUUGACUCUAAUCCAAAGUUUUGGGGAAAAAAAAAAAAAGCUUAUUUUAUUACAGAUCAAAUAAGCUUUCCAGAAAGCUUUUUAAGCAGCAGGCAAAGAUACCUAGUACAGUACAAUACUUCCACUCUGAAGCAAUCCUUGAAAUUAUCUGGAUUAUGCAGAAGUAAAAGGUUAUCUGACUGAGAAAUAUAUUUAAGUUUUGCUAUGUGAACCCAUAAACAAGUAAAAUACGUAGUUCAGAACAUAUAGUAACAUGCAGAAAUUUCAUGAAAAGAAAGUUCACCUCCUCCUCUCAAACAGUGCUAUCUUCUUUAAAAGUGAUGCUUGGGGGGGGAAGCAUUGUACCUCUCAAUGUAGAAUCAUUAAACUGCAGCUCUUCUAGAGGCACACCUUGCCACAUAGCACUGAGACAGACCUCUGAAUGAAUCUUGGCUACAAGUUUUCUGAAUUGCAGUCUUUAGAUUUUGGAAGUGUCAGAGCUGUGUUUUACUGUGUUUUGUCGCUAUCCUAAAGAUUUGGAAAAAUAAUAAUAAUCUCUUUGCAUAAUAGCAAAAGAGAUUACUGAUAUUGUAUUGGUGGAAAACCAUGCAGUUGCACUCCUGCCUAUUCCUUGCUUUAAGCCCGAUGGUUAGUGGGAAUUUCAGGAUAUUUUCCCUGACCACAUAAAAUCUGAGUGCUGUCUGUAGCACAACUGGUGAAUAUAAACAACUAGCUCCAUAAACAAAACUUAACUUCUUCCUUACUCUCAAUGAUAAAGUACAUUGGGACCUAGCGUGUGUGCAAUACUGAAUUAGAAUAGUCAAGCUUUAGAUAUAAAAUGAAAUUUUGGAAUUAGUAGCUCAAAUGGAAAUAAAUAUUACUGAUUGCACCAGCAAGGUUUACCACACCCAACUUUUCUAAAAAUGCUGGUGUUUAAACUCAGUAGUAGUAAUAGCAUGGCUAGACACUUGUGCCUGUCUUUGAACAUGAAUUUACACUGAGCUUGCUUAUCGUAAAACUUAAAUUAUUGUCUUAAUUUUCCACAGUUCUGAAUUCUCACUCCAUGCGUUAAAAAAUAGAAUAUUAAAUUUAAUGUGCACAGGAGGAUCUUAGGGAGGAAUAAAGAGGUUGAUAAAGCAUUUUGAAAGUCUUUAAAAUAUCUGGUGAAUGUAGUUAAGGUAGAAAAAGAGAAGACAACUUUGUGGAGAAAAAUAGCUAUAGCAUACCAAAUGAUUUUCUAAUGCUUUGGAGUCCAUCAUAUUACGUUUCAUCCUCCUGUCCAGGAUCAUUUUUGUUAUUGACCAAAGAGGCAUGCAGGGAAAAGUAGGUCAAAUAUGCUUAGUGCUUUGUUUUAUUUUUCUUAUUUUAACCAAGCAAGGGUUAGGAAAGUUUCUAAGAGCUGGUUCUCUUGAUAUUGCUAACUCUUUAGGACUUGAUUUUCUCAUGUUUUUAGCAGUCAUUUAAGUGUGAGAUGGAAGAGCUCAGAAGUUAUCUUAGGCAGUACUAUCAUGCAGGAACAGAUUGAUUUUCACUUUAUGAUCACGUUCUUCAAGAUAUGAACAUGGUGUCUUUUAAAUUUUGCAUCUUUUUAUAAAAACAAUGCCUAUCAUUUUAGAACUUGAUACAGUGUCACUGAGCAGUUAUCUUAAACUAUCACAUCCUGGUAGAUUAAGAGAAGAAUGCAAGCAUUCUUAUUCCUUAUGUAAUCACCUUCCUGUAUACCAAAUCCCCUCUUUAUUACGAUUUGGUCUCUGCUAGAAUUGUGACCUCUUCAGGUGAAAUAACAGGUAUUUUCUCUACUGUGUCCUGCAAGUGCACCCUGGGCUUUUUGAUAAGUACUAAGAGCUGGCAGCAAAUAUCAGAGCAAAAAGCAAAGUCAAAAGUCUUCUGUCUCCAGAACAGGUAUGCUAGGAAUGAGAGUAAAAUUGCCCAUCUCCUUACUUCAGUCAAGAGUUCAGAAGAUCAUUAACAUUCUCAUUCAGUCCAAAAUAGUGACAACCCAGGUAUACCAAAUGUCUAGUAGCAUGGUAGAUUGCUAUUUAUGAAUGCUCCUAUUUGAUUGCUUAAAUGCCUACACCUGUGCCUACAUUCUUCAUAAUUUUAGCCCUAGUAGCUGAGUUAAAACCUGCAACACAUUUAUAUACGUCAUGAAAAUGUAAAAUAAUAGAUAAAAAUGAAUAGUAGUGAUCCAGACCAUCUAAAAUUGAGAAACUUUUCUACAUGUCAGUGGCCUAUUUUGUUCCCAUAAAUUCUAUUCAUUUUCUAAUGGCCCAGUAGCUGACCAGAACUGCAAGUAGGAGACCAAUAUAUCAUUAAUUCUACCCAACAGUCAAGAAUAUUGACGAAGAGUGAAUCUAUUCCCUCCAUCUCCUGGGACAAUGGUUUGGAAUCUAACCUGGCCACUACAGUAAAGAUUGACAGAAGAUUCUUUGCCAUGGUGGAGACAAGUAGGAGUUUUAUCUAAAGCUAUUUGCAAACAAUUUCUGUCAGAUCAGUAAAUUUGGAAAGACAGAUAUCCCAAUCUACCUGACCUUCAAGGCAUUUAGAAGGCUGCAGUAGUAGUUCUUGGAAUUGUAGCAGUGGGAAAUCAGCAACUUAAGAGCGAGAAGUAAACACCUCUGAAGGGUCUCCGUUGUCUUAAAUGUUAAAGUUAACAGGGUAUUUUACAGGGAUCUGAGCAUAUAAAAACAGUAAAGGACAGAUGUGUGAAAAAAAAUACUGGAUCAACUAAAGGAAACUCUACCUCAUUCUUCUCUAAAGGCUUUGUAGAAGCACAAUUAAACGCUCCUAAUGGCAUUGUUACGUACAGACCAUCUGGCAUGAAAGAAACACUUUAUAUUUGUAUGUCUAUAAAUCCUGUAAUAACUGUAUUUUGCUGGCAGUAGAAACAGUCUAUACUAUUUGCAGUUUUCCUCAUCAAAUCUGUAAUUAUGCAAUGUUUCUGUCUCCAAUAAAGGAAUUUAAUGGGUA